AUGCUGAUCACUGUGUAUAAGAAACAAGUUGAUGAUAAAAUUGUUAUCGUCAUUGUUUGGGUUGAUGACCUAAUUAUAGCUUCAGAUAGUAUGCAGUUAAUGGAAGAAUUUAAAGAAAGUAUGAAGACACAAUUUAAGAUGAAAGAUCUAGGUAGAAUCACUUUCUUCCUUGGAAUGGAUUUUAAGCAAAGCAAGGGUGAAAUAAAAAUGAAUCAGAAAAGAUUCAUUCUUAAAAUACUAGAGAGAUUUGGAAUGAUAGACUGCAAGCCCAGGUUAACCCCAUGUGAGCAACGAUUAGAAUUUGUGUGGUGA